AUGGAACAGGCGUUGGAGGAUCUUGAGCUGCUUGUUGUCGGCGAUGUGACCAGGGAUCUGUUUACAGAGGCAGUAGCACAGCAGCAUCUAGACACCGGAGAGCAGCUGGAUGUCAGCCAGUUCCUGCUUGCGAACAACCUUCAGUAUGUCUUUAUUGACGACUUGCACAAGCAGCUGAAGCAGUUGGAGCAGGACAUCAGCAACGCCUUGUUGAACGAGGUUAAGCAUAGCUACGCGGAGUAUGCAUCGCUCUGCGCGCAAUUUGGCGGCAAGCACAACAGCGAGAUCUUGGAUAGCCUGCAGCAGGUCCGCUAUGAGGUUGCCGCAUUUGAGAACAAGCUCAGGCAGCUGGUCCACGUCGAGCUACGCAGCACCCGCGACAACGUGGAAAGCAAGAUCGAAUACCUCAAGGCCCUCGAUACCCUGGACACUCUGCUGCAGAAGCACGUCGCCCUGGACAGCAUAUUUCAGUUUUCCGCCCGGCUUUCGCGCUCUCUUGAGGUCGCAUGCCAGGAUGCACCUGCCAUAGACGACGAGCUAGUCUCCGAAUUACUCAAAGAGCUCUAUAAACUGCUGCAAUGUGCCCACAGCAUUCUGAUUGAAUUCCAGGAUUUGUCCUCGCCCCUUGUCACUCGCUUUCGAAACAACUACCAGAACAAUGUGCAUGUCUUUCACAGCAUUGUGUCGAUCCUCAUCGACAAAUGUUCUGAGAAGAGCGCUGAGUUCCCCAGUAUGACGAGCACACUCGUUGCAGUAGCGAAGAGGUAG